AUGGAAGGAAGUAUUGAAGACAUAAUUGUAUCCCUUCAUGUACCAGUCUUGCUUGACAAAUUAUCCUCAAAAGCAUUAAGAGAUUUAGGAUCGGUAUGGUGUGCACAAAGUGAGCUACGUGCACUCUCAGAUGUUCUUGGGAAAAUUAAAAAAUUGCUCAAGUUUGCAGAGGAAGCUCAAGCAAGGAAUAUCUUGGUGAAAGACUGCCUUAGGAAUCUCAGAGAAGUUGCAUACCGAGCUGAGGACAUAUUGGAUGAGUUCAUCUAUGAAGCUUGUUACGAAAAAGAUGAAAGAUAUGGAGGUGGAAAGGUACGUUUGCACUUCCCCUCUAUCUUAAAAGCAGAUGGUCUUUUACGUAAGCAAGAAAUCGGGCCUCUUAUAAAUGAUGAACUCAUAAAGAAACUAGAAGAGAUUGAGAAGGAAGUUAAACGUUACUAUGUCAGUGAGUCAUCAGGAAAUCAGAAAUCACAGCAUGGUGGUGGUGUAAUUGAUGAUAUUUUAGAUACUAGACCAAAAAGUGAUUCUCUAGUUGAUAAAUCUCUUACUUUGGGGAGGAAGGAAGACGUAGAAGCAAUAAAAAAUAAGUUGUUGUCAUCAAAUCCAAAUGAAAACCAAAAACAGGUUUUUGUUAUUGCAAUUGUUGGAUUAGGGGGUGUAGGCAAGACAACUCUAGCCCAGCUUGUCUAUAAUGAUCCUGAUGUGAAGGAACAUUUCGAAAGAAGAGCUUGGGUUUGUGUUUCUACUGAUUUUAAUGCUGUAAGUUUGAUCUCUGCAAUUCUAGAGUCGUUGAAUGGGAGAAAUCCUGACUUGAGAAACCUAGACCCACUUAAAUGCCAGUUGAGAAAAGAAUUAGGGGGGAAGCGAGUUUUAAUCAUCAUAGAUGAUGUUUGGACUGAAAAGAAGAGGGAUUGGGAACCUCUGAGAGUUGCACUCAUGGAGGCAGGGGAAGGAAGUAGAAUAAUUGUAACAACUCGAAGUAAAAGAGUUUCAUCAAUGAUGCAACCCAUGUAUACACAUGAUCUUGUUUUAUCUGAUGAAGAGUGUUGGUUAAUAAUGGAAAGGCAUAUAUCUUUAAAUUAUGGUUCUAUUGCUCCCAGCUUGGAAGAAGUGGGUAGGAAGAUUGCGAGGAAGUGCAAGAGAUUGCCCUUGGCAGCAAGUACGGUUGCAGGUUAUAUAUUCCAGAAGCAACGUCUCAUCCAACUAUGGAGCGCAGAAGGUUUUAUUCGAACGGACAAAGCCGGUGCCCAAUAUUUUGAUGAAUUACUGCAGAGAUCUUUCUUUCAGCACUACAAUGGAUAUAUGUAUAGAUUUGUAAUGCAUGACCUUAUACAUGAUUUAGCAGAAGCAGUUUCAGGAGAUGUGUAUGGUAGAUUUGACUACCGAAAAUCAAGCCAUAGCUCCAAAGAGACCCGUUAUUCGUCAAUGUGUUGUCUAAAUUCCAUAAAAGAUCAUCUUGAUCACAAGAAGAGUUAUGCCGAAAUACGUGAGUUACCUAGAGGCAUGAAGUAUCUACGCAAUCUCCAGCAUCUAGACCUUUAUGGGUGCCGUAAAUUACUUUCCAUGCCACAAGGAAUUGGGAGAUUAAGUAGUCCCAAGACAUUGUCGAUCAAGAAUUUUGGUGGCUGGGAUGAACGUGGUGAUAAAGAUGUUGAGGUUUUAGAAAGUUUACAACCUCACCCUGAUCAGCUGAGGAGUUUAGGUAUCUACAAAUACAGUGGGUUAACAUUUCCAAGAUGGUUGAUGAUCGAUUUGCCAAGCUACAACAAGCUAGUCACUCUGGAACUCUCCGUCUGCAAUGAAUGUCAAGGCCUCCCUCCGAUUGGGGAGCUACCCCUAUUGGAAAAUCUAUUCUUAAGAGACAUGAAGAAGUUGGAAGAGUGGUCGUCUAGCAGCUGUAGAGGGGAGGAAAGUGCUGAUGAAUUCCCUAGCCUCCGAAAUCUAUACAUUGAAGACUGUCCAGAACUGAGGAUACUACCACAGCCGCUUCUGUCAAGUCCGAGACUAUGUGAAUUACAUUUCAGGAGGUGUCCAGAGCUCUGGAUGUUGCCUACUCAUGCAGGAGGAGGACUAAGCAGACUCACCUCACUCAAAAAUCUUUGUCUUGGGAAAAAGAUGGAAGGGUUGGUUCAGUUUCUAGAUGAGACAGAUAAUCUACCUCCAUAUCUUAAUCGCCUUUAUAUCGAUGAUUGUAAAUCGCUACCCAAGGGGUUGAGAAACCUGUCUUCACUCCAACAUCUAAUAUUAGAUCCAGACUGUAAAGCCCACUACAGCCCCGAGGAGCUCCUCAUAAAUGUCAUCGUUAAAAAAGGUUAUUAUUGGGAAGAGUGA